GUCAAAACACAAAGACUCAAGAUUACUUCUCCCUCUAUCAAUACUCAAAACUGUAAAGCUACUCGUCACGACCAUCGGUUUCAACUCCCCAAGAUACCUGGUCUACGUUGACGAACUGCCGCUACAAACCAGCCCUGCUACUCCGAUUGUGUUCUGCUUUUAAAUCCGAUCGAAUUAGCCUCGACUCACAUUUCCAAAAUGUCUUCUGCCGCUCCCGCUCCAGUCGAUAGCAAGUCUGCAAAAAAGCGCAAGGCAAAGGUUGAGAAGCCGACCUCUGAGAGUGACGCACCUGCACCUUCGGUUGACGCAACCCCCUCCGAAGCGCAGCCUACUACUAAUGGUGUCGAUUCUCAUGGCGACAGCACCUUCGUCAAAGAUCUUCAGAGGAACAUUCGCAAUAUCCACAAGAAACUUGCCGCUUCGCACAAAGCAGACUCUGUAAUCGCCGAGAACCCCAAGGUGUCACUCGAUGACCUUGUGGCACAGAAGAAGCUCAACGCAGACCAGAAAGCCCAAAUCCUCAAGAAACCCGCCCUCCAAGCUCAACUCUCACAGCUCGAAGAACAACUACAAUCCUUCCGUACCUUCGCCCAGGACCUCGAGGAUAAGUUUGCAAAAGAGAAGUCUGCAUUGGUCGAGUCACACGAAGCUGAAGUUGCUAGCCUCAAGCAGAAGGUCCUCCAAGAGGCCGAAGAUGCCAAGUCAAAGGCAAUCGAGGACGGCUUACGAGUCAUCACACAUUUCCUGCACACUGCUGCCUCCAAACGCCAGUCUGAAGAUGCCGAUUCCGAAGAGGGUCGGGCCUUCGAGGGUGCUUUGCUGCUUGUGUAUCAAGGCAAUGAGACUUCCCUGAUGACGCUCAAGAGCUUGAUCUACGGCACUGAAGAAAAGGUUCUGGAUGUCCAAGGCGAGGCUCUCGACUACACGUUCGCACAGGUCAAGCAGUCUGCUCUUCAGGAAGCCCAAGAAUUGGUGCAACCGAACCCUCAAGAGGUUGAGGCUGUCCCUCUUGCAGAAGCAUCUGCCGUGGAAAUUCAAGUCGACCAGACUGUGGCAAAUGCCGGUCUGACCGAACUCGGAGACACUGCUACCGUUCCCGUUGCUGGCGGUGAUGGUGCCGAACCUCAAAUCGUGCAAGUCGCCGAGCAAGCCACUACUGGUGACGAGGCGGCCAAUGCGGUGGCUGAAUCUUCAUGGGAUCCUCAGGCUUCACAGAUCACCGACACCAGCGCGACGAACGAGGAAUGGGUACAGGUCCCACGUGACCCUGCUGAAACGGAAACCGGUGUAGCUGCUACUCCGGCUGCCAUGCACGGAUCUAGUAGCUGGGCUGAGGAGGUUGGUGCGGCAGCUGCGGUCGAAGAGAAGGCCAAUGCUGACAACGAUGGGUUUGAGCAAGUUCGCCGUGAGCGAGGCCGUGGUCGAGGUGGCCGAGGAGGUCGCGGAGACUUCAGAGGACGUGGAAGAGGCGGCAACCGUGGAGACGGCUAUCGCGGCGGCCGUGGCGGACAGAACAAAGGACGAGGUGGUCAACGUGGUGGUGGUGGUGGUGCUCAGAGCUAGAGAGGUCUACGCAUGAGCCGGGGGCGGGUUGCGGCAUGAUCUAGCGAAAGAUCCUUUCUAUUGCUUGAAUCGUUGCGGCCACUUGCAUUCGCUACAUCUCUCGAGGCUGGACGAAAAGUGUAACAGGAAACCUUUGCUAUCUUGUUUCUUCUUGGUUCUUCGGCAUUGCAUCGGGUCCACGGGAAAUUUUUCAAAAGCGAGCAGGCAGGCGAAAAAGGACGAAGUCUUCUUCUUUGUGUUUUUUUAGGGAAAGGGACAAAAGAAGAAAAGUGAAAUUUCACCAAUGGAAUUUUCAUUUUGCAGAGAAUGCAUGCAGGUGUACAACAACCAACAAACAGCAGUUGGCAAAAGCAUGUCUCUAGUAAAAUCGAACAAUGUAUUGUGAGGACUUGGAAGGGAAGGGGAAAAGCAGAAUGAAACAGAAAAGUUGUUGUUCCUGAACAUGGAGAUGAUGGGGAGGGGAGUUGCUGAUGACACCUCUCAAAUCUGAGGAAGUGUGCGAGAGAGAGGGUAAUAUCAAAUGACAAUACCAUUUGGCUAUCAGACAUAA